AUGAUCUCCAAUCUUCCAAAGGAUUUGUUAGAAGAGAUUCUUUCUAAGCUUCCCUUUAACUCCAUGAAAGCAGUGUGUUUAACUUGCAAAACUUGGAACGAUUUGUCCAAAACUGAGAGCUUUGCCAAGAUGCACAUUUGUAAAGCAACAAGAGCACAUUUGUAUAUGAUGAUCGCGAUGAUACCUCACAAUCUUUAUCUAAUGAGCAGCUUCGUCGACGACAACAACAACAAUCCAUCUAUAGAGCAUAAAUGUCAACUAAGAUUCCUUAACAAUCAAGUAAGCAUAUAUCGAGUCUUCCACUAUGAGGGUUUAGUUUUAUGCAUCUUGAAAGACGUUACUAGGAUUGUGAUUUGGAAUCCGUUUUUGAGACAAACGAGGUGGAUCAAACUCAGGUUCUCUCACCGUACAGACGUAUGGGACACGUUUCGUUAUGCUCUAGGAUACGAGGUUAAAGGAUCUUGUCGUAGCGUUAAGUUUUUGAGGUUUCUUGAUUAUUUUAGUCAUCAGUUUUUUUGGUAUGAAAUCUACGAUUUUGACUCGGGUUUAUGGAGAAGUCUUGAUGUCACUCCAUACUGGUGUAUAUAUUGUGCAGCCACUAGUGUUUCUCUUAAGGGAAACACUUACUGGUGUGCUAAAGAAAGAAACAUGUCAAUAGAAAGUUACAUAAAACAUAUCAUAUGUUUUGAUUUUACAAGUGAGAGAUUUGGACCGCUUCUGCCUUUGCCGAUGGUUAACAGUGAGGAGCAUAACUAUAAUAAUGUGACUUUAUCUUGUGUUAAAGAAGAGAAGCUUGCGGUUUUAUUUCAGAGCGAAGAUUCAGAGGAAUCGCAGUUUGAGAUAUGGAUUACAACUAAGAUUGAUGUCGAAACGGUGUCGUGGAUCAAGUUUUUGAGAAUGGAUAAGAGUCCUUGGAUAUCUAUUGCAGGUAGUUUCUUCAUUGACGAGGAGAAGAACGUUUUGAUGAGUUUUGGUACGCAAUAUUAUAAUAAGUGUACCAUUCGCAAAAGAUCUGUUAACAUAGUUGGAGAGGAUGGAUACGUAAGAAAAUUGGAUCCUGGAGUACCUAUAGAGGGUCUUUGUAGGCCAGAUGUGUGCUGUUAUGUUCCAAGUUUGAUCCAAGUAAUCAAGAAACCUGUAGGAGGCAAAAGAAUUGAACAAAGUAGUUUAGAAAAUCGUCGAUUUGAUCAAAGCAUGUUGAGGCUUGCCGCACUUGAAAAGCUAUUGAAGAAGAAGCAACAAGGAUACUGGUAG